AUGUUUAGCGCUCCACGAGUAUUUUUUUCUGUGUUCACUCUGAUGAACAUCGUACUGCUGAAUGGUGACCUCCCAAGCCAAAAUGCAUUAUCCCUAGGAGGUGCAGGACUCAAGGCCUCUAGACAGUUGGCUCAAGCCACAUUAGACGCAGAUGAACAUGAUGCCGCACAUGAUCUGAGCAACAGUUGGGAUGAUAAAGAUUCGAAUGAAGGGGAACAAAGUGAAGUCUCCAGUGACGCCACUUCCAGUUCAGAAAAAGAAGAACAGGAAGAAGACAAGGAAGUAGAAAAGGAAGAAGAAAAGGAAGUAGAGAAGGAAGUAGAAAAGGAAGACGAUCAUAAGAAUAGUGAGGACAAUAUCAAUGAUGAUCGAGAUGAUGAUGACGAUUACCCAGGGUUAGACAUAGCAGGCCUAUUAAAGGAACAUUUGUUUGUAGUACCAAAAGAAAAAGCAAAGCUCCUAUUGGACGAAUGCAACAGAAUACAGGUAUUAGAUUCUGACAGAGCGGUAGAAAACUUAUUUGUGGAGCUAUAUGACUUGUCCCUCAAAUAUGAAUUAACAGAGGAUCAGCAAAUGGAUAUAUGGUCUGAAUUCCUCGAUGAUAUAACUACUCAUGUAACAGACAUGAGUGAUUAUUUCAAUGACAUUUAUGAGUUUUACAUGAACGCAAGUACCGUCGAGACUGUUUUCUUUGUUCACUCUUUAAUUAACUUUCUGGACUUGUGGACAAGAAACAUCGAACUAAUUGAGAAGAAUUGGUCUGCGCUUUUUGCAGAGAAGGCUGCGGCCUAUAAAGAUGCCACUCCAGAGGGUAUGUUGGGCAAAGCAGGAACGGAAUUUACCCAGGAGGCAGAAGUCAGUACUGCCGCUUCGAGUUAA